UCUUCUUCCAUCGAGCAUGUUUGAAUGAAGUUAUCGGAAAGUAGAAUGGUUUUAAAACCUGUAUAUGUGAAUUGAAAUGCCUAGUUUUGUCAUGUUUAGCAUUUUUAUAGCUUGAUUGUUAAACAAUGAUAAAAAGAAACUUGAAUUUUGUACUGACCUUCAAGUAUACAUCAAAUUGUUUUUGUGGACAGUAGCCAUGUUUCGGCAAGUAAUCACUCCUCGACGAUGUAGGCCUAGUGCAGCAGUGACCUUGCAGUGGAGGGCGGCGAGCAGCCAAUCCAGGCCUAGGCCUAGCCUGAAUUUCCUAACCUGGACAAAUUUAGUGAAAUUAUUGACAAAGCCAUGUGCCGUUGCAUUGCCUCGUCUUGUGGCUCGACAAAUCAAUGUUUAUGCAAUGAAAAAAUUUCGACGUAUUGAACAAAUACUAAUAAGACAUUACAACAAUUUUUAUUCAGAAAGGGCAAUUCAAAAUUUAGCAUCAAGUUUCCAACGUAGCAAUUGGUGUAGAGAUAGACGAAGGCCGUUUUAUAUUUUAUUUGGAGGUGCUUGUUUUGCUUGGCAUGAUGACCGAUUAUCAGAAAAUGAUUUUAAACAAUGCCAAGAUGACCUGGAAGGUAUAGAUUUCUUUGCCAAUACUAUUGACACUGUGCCAGAUGUGUUCAACACUUGGGAAACUGUUAUCAAUAGAGAUCACCUAAAAGCCUGGCGCAAACAACUUGGAAACACUCAUUUAUAUGAAUACAAAUUAUUUUGUCGUUUUUUCGACAUAUCAGCUAAAGACUUCUUCCAGGUGCAGUGGGAUCUUGACUACCGUCGAAAGUGGGACAAGUUGGCUGUGAAACUUAAUCUCGUCUGCAGAGAAUCUCCAAACUCAGACAUCAUUCACUGGGUGCUAAGAUAUCCAUAUCCAAUGUACAAUAGAGACUAUGUGUACCACAGACGUUACUUUAUUGAUAAAGACAAGAAUUUAAUCAUCAUUUUCAAUAAGAGUACCGAGCAUGCAAACGUACCUGAAAACACAAAUAUUGUCAGGGUGUCAAACUACUAUUCUCAUAUGAUCAUCAGGCCGCAUUUUAGUAUGGAAGAGAAUGGAUUUGACUUCAUAAUGACCUAUCAUGACGACCCAAGGACGAACUUCCCUCCAAGCUGCAUCAAUUGGAUGUCAACCACAGGUGUGCCGGACUAUGUAGAAAAGCUCCAUCAGGCCACACUUCAACUGUCUAACACAUCAAACAUAGUGCAUUUAAGCAGCUCUGAUAACCAGCAGCAGAAUCAUAACCCUGGACAGUACUCUACUUAAAUUGUGCUUUUGCGAAAUUAGAAAUCGUGACACAUUGCGGGUUUUUGCUAGAGCCGGUUACAUAUUUGAUAGUUGGUUUCUGAUGAAUCUUUAAAAGAUGCGUUGUAGAAACGACUCAAGAAUUUAAAAACCCGCCUCAGUAUGUGAUUGAACUUCAUUACAGCACUGCGGCAUUUGAUUAUUCAAUUUGAAUGAGACGUGGCAAUCUUACGAGAUCGUUUGACGUUCGGAAUCAAAUCAAUGACUCAAUCAUAAUGAAAAAAAUAAGAGUCGCUGACAGUGGUAACGCUUUUAACGACACUUAAGGUGACAAACGCUCAGUUAACAAUAUCUAGUACGUGGUUGGCAAGUUUGAGCUGUCCAUUGGUAUGCGGAGACUUCACUUGCUACAGAAUGACAGUCAAUCUUUUACAACCUAAAAUGUCAAUAUUGUCUUGUUCAAUUUCUGCAAUGAUUUUCUGGGAUAAUUGAAAAGACUUCUUUAUCAUUCUUGUGAAAGAUUCUGUCGGCUAGAAUUUAAAUUUAAUAUAUCAUUCUGUUUUUAAGGAAUACAACAAAAUCUAGAAUUUACAAAUUUCAAAUCUCUCUUCAUUAUUGUGAUGUUUUUUUCUGGGAUAAUUGAAACAAUCUGUCAGUUAAAUAUAUUGCCAAACUGCAAAAAACUAGGGGAAUCUAUAGUUGAGUUGAUAUUUCGUUUUUUGUUAAAACAUGGUUAGAAUAUGUUACUAUAUUCCAUGUUUUCAAAAAAGUAACUUUGAAAGAACUGUGUUAGUGUCAUUCUUAUGAUGUGUGCUGUAUUGCAAGACUAACUUUACUAUUUUUUUUCCAAGAAAGAAGUUAAACUUUUAAUCAACAUGCACUGACAAAAUUCCUCGAUUUUCUCUAAAAACAAAUUACCUUUUGUAGAAGCAUACGUAGCACCUGUUUGCGAAACAUAACCUGUCGGAAUUAUCUUGAAAUAUUCUUAACAAAUGCAUUUGAGCUUUAAAACAAAUAUUCCCAAAGAUAUAAAACAGUAGCGAUGAAUCGAUGUUAUUAACUGCUCGGAAAUGUAAUGCAGGGAUAUGUAUUAUGGUCAUUAUGGAAUGCCUGACAUAAAGAUAUAAAAAAAAAAUGAUAAGAGUAAAUUUUUGCCUUGGAGUGCACCUGUUGUGCCGAUGUCCUUACUGUCUACUUGCAGUGUUUCCAAUACUUAAUAAGUUAGUCCUUGACUUUGCUUGCUCACUUUUAAUAACAGUAUUUGCGGCUUUAAGAAAAAUAUAAAACAUAAAAAUGAAGCGAAUAUACAGACUAUCACAUAUCUUUGGAAUGAUUUCUGAAAAUAUGUACCUGUAAAUGACUUGAUGUAUUUAUGAAUCAAUACAUAUUGAUAUGAAUGUAUUGACAGAAAUUAAUAUGUAUUAAUAUGGAUUGAUAUUAUAUUGAUAUAAAUUAAUAUGAAUUAAUAUCAUCUGAUAUGAUUUGGUGUGAAAAUAUGAAAUAAUAUGCGUUUUAUAUUUAAUUGAUAUGAAUCAAUAUCUUCAGAUAUUUAUAUGAUAUGAAUUUAUAUGAAAAAAUAUUUGUUGAUAUAAUUAUAAACAUUUUGGAAUUGACUAUUCUAUAAUUUUAUCUACACCUAUUGUUUUAUAUGAUUAUAUAAAUUUUGAAAAGCACUCCAUGUUUGUUGUUAUAAUUUUGGAAGCCUGCAUUAAUCCUUCUAUGCCUAUUUAAAUAUAAACAUCUGAAGGUCUUGAUUUUGUAACUGGCUAAUGAUUGCACAUAUCUCUAUGAUGUUAACAAGUAGAGACAGUCUAUUCUUGAAAGACAUAAUGUCAAUUGUGGGGUUUUAGAUAUCAUAAUAAAAUUUUGUAAAAGUACACUCUGUUGACUAGUAUGUAUGUACUCCUAUUAUAGGAUGUUCAUACACUAACAUUUUGGUGAAUAAUUUUGGUAUUCAUUCAUUUUUGGGAUAUUUAUUGAUAAAAUUUUAAAAAAAAUACUAUUCCUACAAUUAUGUAAGUAUCAUAUAAAAUACAUCUCAAGUUACACAAAAAUGUAUUUACAAAUAAAUAUCUGAGAGACAACUCCAGAAUAAAAAAAAUGGACAUCAAUGGACAUUUCAAAUGUACACCAGAAAGUUUGAACAGAUAUUUAUUAUCAGUAAGAGGAAGAGUUAUUAAUUUCUAAGUGGAUAAUGUACAUUGUGUUUGAGAGAGAAAAAAGUAGAUGUUUUUUUCUGGAAAGGAAGGGUGUCAUGUCAAAUAAAUAGGUACAUUUUUUAGGAAAGUGGUCAAAUAUUUAUUAGAAAUAGGAAUUGUUUGUUCGGUAUUAAUAUAAAUAACAUUAUUUUUUAUGUCUGUAUGUCAUAACAUCAGAGAUAUUCUUAGUAAGUUACCAAAGGAUAGUUUGUUAUUAUUAAUGAUUACCAGAUGGAAAUAUGGAUAUUUCUAAUAUCUACAAAAAAGAUGCAUACCUUCAAAUCCUGAAAAACAAGGAUCAAAGAAUAUUAUGAUUGAUAUUUUUGCUCAAUGCCGACAGUCUCCAAAACGUUUAUUGGUGUAAAAAUAUGCAUUUCAGAAAUAUCCAAUUACAGAAGAGUCAGCUAAAUCGCACAAAAAAUAUUUCUGUGUAAGUUGUAUAUUAAAAAGUAGGCCUAAUGCAUGAUAAACCUAAUUACAUAUUAAUUAUUUUAUUAUUUAAUAGAAUUUUAUUAUAAAUUAACUUACAAUGUUAAAUUUGGUAUUGAUCAGUAAAUGACAUUACUGUGAAUGGUUCCAGGGUAGCUAUGUCAGGUAGUUUAAUCUCUUCAUGGAUCUAUAUACUGUAUCUAUAAUUAGAUGACUGGAUGAUGUUACAUUCAACAUUGAUUGCUGUGUUUGGUAACCCAGUCAUUAAACAUCUUAUUUUCUUCCUAAUCUCUCUUCUUUUGUUACUUACAACAGUUUAUUUUAUUUCAUUUUAAAUGCCUGUUAUAAAUAUAAACGAUUUGUAACCUUUCAUUCUGUUUUCUAUAAAUUGAAUAAAUGAAAUUAAACUGGUAAGUU